AUGAACCGCUCCAUCGAGCAAGCCCUCCUUUCCCUCAUCCCAACCCACAACGCCGCCCUCCCCCCACAACUCACCGAGCUCGCCAGCUCCCUCCUCGCCCAAUCCCGUCACAAAGCCAGCACCCUCAAAGCCGAAGAGGAAAUCGCCCGCCCCUACGCCUGUGCCCACAUCGCCUGCGAAAGACUCAAAACCACCCUCAACUUGCCCCCUAUUGAGCCCCGGCCACCCAUCCCGCCACGCAUCUACAAACGCCUCUACAGCCAUCUCGACAAAAUCCUCCCAUCUGGCACUGGAACCCCAGGGCGAGGAACAUCAGCUCGCGGUGGUCUUGAAGGUCGUGUCCGCACACCGAGCACAAAACUAAGAGAACAACUUGCGCCGCUUGGUACCUCACCACAAGCAAGCAAAAGCAGGCCUCUACCAGGGAGAACAACGCCAAGCAAGGAGAAGUCGCUAGCGGACUUUCGGGACAGUAACGCAGAUGGCACGCCUUCAAAGAAGAAGUUAGGGACCACCCCCCAGUCAAAAAGAAAGCCACCACCUUUACCGUUAUGGAUCCGGCCAACGCUGCGGUUUUUAUGCAAGGAACUCGGCCCAGCCAGUAUCGGCCCUAUCGUGGCCUCCGGGAUUGAGUCUAUCGUUUGUCCCAAUGGCAAACCGACAGAGGACGAGUGGGUGAAAAUCAACCUGGUCUCGUUACUCGGUGCUCUGUAUCUGUUUGUCUGGCGAGGCGUCAAUGUUAAGGACGGUGAUGCUGAGAAGGCGUGGGAGUGGUGGUAUGAUGUCAAGCUCAAGGAUCUGGAUAUGUCUGCCUUGGUGAUCAACCGUCAUGGUUGGUUGGAGUUGGACUGGGCAAAGGGCGUGCAGGAUUUGGUGCAUAUGAAUGAAGAACGAGCACGGGAUGAUGAGGAGGAUGCAGAGAGAGAGGAGAGGAACGCGGAACCCGUCCAGCUCAGGCGGGCGGAUACGAUGUUCCAGGAGAGAUACGACUUUCUCACUGACAGGAAAAGGAAGGCGUAUGCUGAGUGGAAGGAGGGGAUCAUGAAGAGGAUCAAGGCGCAGGGCUGA